CACUCACUCCCUCUUACAACGUAAAAACAAAAGGAACCUAAACGGAGUGUAGUUAGGUGUAACUACCAAAGAUGGCUCCCCCUUCUGUAAUCAAUGGCGCCGUCGCCGCCUCUUCCGGUAACUCCGCUCCAGCCACUGGACGCGUCGCUUCCGUUUACAGCGAAGUUCAAUCUAGCCGCAUUGAUCACGCUCUCCCUCUCCCUUCUGUCCUCCAGAACCCUUUCCAAAUCGUCGACGGUCCUCCUAGCUCCGCUGCCGGCAAUCCUGAUGAGAUAGCGAAGCUGUUUCCGAAUAUGUUUGGGCAGCCAUCAGCAAUGCUGGUGCCAAACAAUGUGGAUACUUUGAGCUCGGAUCAGAAGUUGAGGAUUGGUGUCGUUUUGUCCGGUGGACAAGCACCUGGUGGCCAUAAUGUUAUUUCUGGAAUCUACGAUUAUUUGCAGGAUCGGGCGAAAGGAAGUGUGUUGUAUGGAUUUAGGGGAGGUCCGGCUGGGAUCAUGAAGUGCAAAUAUGUUGAAUUGAAUGCUGAUUAUAUCUAUCCUUACAGAAAUCAGGGUGGUUUCGAUAUGAUUGCCAGUGGAAGAGACAAGAUUGAAUCACCUGAGCAGUUUAAACAAGCUGAAGAAACAGCUAAGAAACUUGACUUGGAUGGGCUUGUUGUUAUUGGUGGGGAUGACUCAAACACCAAUGCUUGCCUCCUUGCUGAAAACUUCAGGGGUAAAAAUUUGAAAACUCGGGUGAUUGGAUGCCCAAAAACCAUUGAUGGUGAUUUGAAAUGCAAGGAGGUUCCUACCAGUUUUGGAUUUGAUACUGCUUGCAAGAUAUAUGCAGAAAUGAUUGGAAAUGUCAUGGUUGAUGCUCGAUCAACUGGAAAAUAUUAUCACUUUGUCCGGCUUAUGGGACGUGCAGCUUCUCACAUUACAUUGGAGUGUGCCUUGCAAACUCAUCCAAACAUCACCAUCAUUGGAGAAGAGGUUGCUGCUAAGAAACUGACUCUGAAAAAUGUUACAGAUUACAUAGUAAAUGUAAUCUGUAAACGUUCUGGUCUUGGAUAUAAUUAUGGUGUGAUUCUUAUUCCUGAAGGUUUAAUUGAUUUCAUUCCUGAGGUUCAGCAGCUUAUAGCAGAACUGAAUGAGGUUUUGGCCCAUGAUGUCGUAGAUGAAGGUGGGCAAUGGAAAAAGAAACUCACAAAUCAAUCUCUGCAGCUUUUCGAAUUUUUACCACCAGCAAUUCAAGAACAAUUGAUGCUUGAAAGAGAUCCACAUGGAAAUGUCCAGGUUGCCAAAAUUGAGACUGAGAAAAUGCUUAUUCAAAUGGUUGAGACUGAGUUGGAGAAGAGGAAGCAAGAAGGUUCAUACAAAGGCCAUUUCAAAGGACAGUCCCACUUCUUCGGGUAUGAAGGAAGAUGUGGUUUGCCUACAAACUUUGAUUCUACAUACUGCUAUGCUUUGGGCUAUGGUGCAGGAGCUCUCCUUCACAGCGGAAAAACUGGGUUGAUAUCAUCAGUUGGGAAUUUGGGUGCUCCUGUUGCAGAAUGGACAGUUGGAGGGACGGCUUUGACUUCUUUGAUGGAUGUGGAAAGGAGACAUGGUAAAUUCAAGCCUGUGAUCAAGAAGGCAAUGGUAGAGCUUGAAGGUGCACCUUUCAAAAAAUUUGCAUCCCUGAGGGAUGAGUGGGCACUUAAGAAUCGGUACAUCAGUCCUGGUCCCAUCCAAUUCAUGGGCCCAGGAUCAGAUGCCAUCAGCCACACUUUACUAUUGGAAUUGGGAGCUGAUGCUUAGGUGUAUUGAUAGGUGCAAAUUUAUGCUCUUCAGAGAGCUGCAAAGUUCUUGGGACAGGCAUGAGAUCUCUUCUUUUCUUUUUUUUUUUGGUUGGGAAACUCAGUUCUACAUCCAUCAAUUGAACUUGUACGUUUGAACCUUCUGGUUCCUUUCAUAAAAGUGAAUAAUUUUUUGGCUUCGCCAAAAUAGUAGUGAAUCUUUUGGCCCCCA